UGAAUUCUGACCGAUGGUUACUGGUGGGAGCCCCCGAGCCCCUCCGCCAUGCAGAACUCCACCCUAUUUUCCUCAGCAACACACAACCUGCCUGAGGCCAUGCAGGACUACACCUGGCUGGUCUUUCUCCCCGCUGUAGUUGUUGGCUAUAUCGUCGCCGUCAGCCGCGACCCCUUGCAAAAGGUCCCUGGACCGCUCCUUGCUCGUUGGUCGAACCUAUGGCAGGCGUUCUACACACGCUUCGGCAUCCGUUACAAAGCCAUCCAUGCUGUCCAUAAGACAUAUGGACCUGUCGUGAGGAUCUCGCCGAACCAUGUCUCGAUCGCAGACAUGAGUCUAUUACCCUCUAUCUACGGUCAAGGCAUGGCGGCCUUCAACAAGUCGCCGUUUUACGACGCCUUCCUGUCCGAGAAGCCGUCCAUCUUCAGCACUCGGGACAAGCAAGAGCACGCACAGAAGCGUCGUAAUUAUUCUGGUGCAUUUGCGCCUAAAACGAUUCGGUCGUAUACGACAACGGUCCAUCGGUUCCUUGAGGAACUGCUGGUGAAACUCGACAAGCGAGCUGCGCUGCCUGGCGAGCCUGACAAGGCCCCAAUCGACAUGCUCAUCUGGUCAAACUACCUCGUCUUUGACAUCAUGUCGACGCUGGCUUUUGGGACGCCACUCGGCAUGUUGGAGAAGGAAUCCGACGUUCUCCAGGCAGGAUCACCGAAAGGCGCCAUAGAGAACACGGACGUGCGCGAGCAUUACCUGACCGUUAUUGGCUGGGCGCCCGCUCUUGCGUACAUUGCACGCCUCAUCCCGGAUCCAUUCUUCCAGAAGGGUAGCAAGAGCAGCGACGAGUUGCGCGACAUCGCCCGGAUGUGCAUCAAGCAACGACUCGCAAGUGGCAGCGACGAUGCCAAGAGUGACAUCCUGGGUCAUCUCAUUGCAGCCCACAUGGAAUACAAAAACCAUCUGGACGUGGAGGAGCUUACAUCUGAGGCGCUGACUCUGCUAAUCGCUGGCACAGACGCGACUUCGAAUGCCAUCACGGCAAUCAUCCAUGCGCUGUCAGUCAACCCUCGACCACUUGCCAAACUCAGGGAAGAGCUCGAUGAGGCGCUCUCUCCAGGGGGCCUCCAGGGCCCUACAUCGGAUCUGAACGAUCUACCCUACCUGAACGCAUGCAUCCAUGAGGCUAUCCGCCUGCACUCACCAACCGGAAUGGGCUUGCCUCGGAUUGUACCGGAGGGGGGUCUCACGUACCGGGACUACUACUUCCCGCCAGGUACCGAUGUAUCUGUGCCUACGUGGACCAUGUCUCGCGAUCGUGCAGCCUGGGGAGAAGAUGCAGACGUAUUCAGACCCGAGCGCUGGAUAGAAGAUCCGUCCCUCACCAAGUACUUCAUGGCAUUCAGCUCGGGUACCAGAGGCUGCCUUGGCAAAAGCCUUGCCAUACUUGAGCUGAAGAUGAUCGUGGCCACGUUACUCCAGCGAUACGACAUCACUCCCCAGUCCCUUGUGCUACAGACCACGGAGAAGCUUAUGCAUAAGCCCACUCAUGACUGGGUACGACUGAGGCGGCGCAAUGUGGAUUGAUGGAAAUAGCGUACACAACUUGCCUGCGAUAAUAACCACCCAAUUUGGAUAUUUUCAUGUCACGGCCUCUGGCCUUUUGAUCGUCAAUUCGUUAUCCUCAGC